GAGAAAAGCAAAUCCAAAGCAUGGUUGAGUUCAAAUCAGAUCAGUUAAAUGUCUGGCACCUGUAGUUAAUUGCGGCGGUUUUCAGCUCAUCUACUUCACCCACCUCUAUUAACUUCAUUCCCGUCCUUCCUCUGCCUAACCCUCAUGACAUAGCCGCUUCUACGUUCAACGACCUCACCUAAAUUCACUACCAGUACCGUACGCCAGACGCUCACAUUAUUUAUCUCUUCUCAACAAUACCCACUUCUUAUAUCUGUGUUUUUUCCUUUCUUUCAAGAUCCAAGAAUUCCACUUUGCAGGCCAAUCAUGGAGAAGUGUUUUCUUGAUGCCCUGAAAACUCAGCCACGUUGGGUUCUUGUUUUGUUCACCAUUGGUUCUCUUUCGCUUUUGAAGUUUUCUUGGAGUGUUCUCUACUGGGUUUAUGUUUCUUUUCUCAGACCUGCUAAGAAUUUGAAGAAAUACGGUUCGUGGGCUGUUGUGACUGGACCCACUGAUGGUAUUGGCAAAGGUUUUGCCUUUGAGUUGGCUAGGAAAGGACUUAAUCUUGUCCUCGUUGGUCGUAACCCUGAGAAACUGAGAGAUGUUUCUGAUUCUAUUCAGGCAAAGUAUGGAAAAACCCAAAUCAAGAGUGUUGUUGUUGAUUUCACUGGUGAUAUUGAUGAGGGUGUUUACAAAAUUAAAGAGGCAAUUGAGGGAUUGGAUAUUGGUGUUUUGAUUAACAAUGUUGGAAUCUCGUACCCUUACGCAAGGUUUUUUCAUGAGGUUGAUGAUGAGUUGUUGAAGAAUUUGAUUAAGAUUAAUGUUGAAGGGACUACUAAGGUCACUCAAGCGGUUUUGGCUGGGAUGUUGAAGAGAAAGAGAGGCGCUAUUGUUAAUCUUGGCUCUGGUGCUGCUAUUAUCAUUCCUUCUGAUCCUCUGUAUUCUGUCUAUGCUGCCACAAAAGCGUAUAUCGAUCAAUUUUCAAGGUGUUUGUAUGUUGAAUAUAAGAAGAGCGGGAUUGAUGUGCAGUGUCAGGUUCCUUUAUAUGUGGCAACUAAGAUGGCAUCAAUCAAGAGAUCUUCAUUCUUUGUUCCAUCUAUUGAUGGUUAUGCAAGGACAGCCAUUCGAUGGAUAGGUUACGAACCUCGUUGCACACCCUACUGGCCUCAUUCCGUCCUCUGGGGUUUGCUGAAUUUAUUGCCAGAGUGUGGCAUAGAUGCCUGGCGUGUGAAGUAUAACCUUGGGAUUAGAAAAAGAGGACAACUCAAAGAUUCAAGGAAGAAGGAAUAAACAGUUCUAUCAUCUUGUCGGGGAGGUUGGCAAGGAUAAGCAGUCUGGUGGGCAGAUUUAACCUUAAAGCACUAGUUGCAUGCCUGGAAUGUUUAUCUUCAACACAUUUUCUUUCUUUUAGUUGUGUAUUAUGAUCAAAAUUUCUGUUUAGUUUCCUUAAAUUGUUGAAUAAUCUUGAACUUCCAAUUCUGUAUUAGAUGUUUGAGAUGGAAAAGUGAAGUCCCUUUUAUCA